UCUAACUUCAUGCUGAUAAACUUCUCAUUCAAGUACCUGCUACAUCCUGGGUGAAAACCAUCAAUUUUUCAAAAAUCACAUGAUCAUAUUAAUGACGAUUAUUUAUAAAGAUCUUAAUACGAGAGAAACUGACAGUUGAAAUUGCGACUUUGGAUUACAUACAGUGCGGACUAUGGACAAGCUGUUAAUAUGGAUGUUCUGUCUUGUAACUUCAAUGCUAUAUGGAAUAACUUAUUGCAAAUCUUCGGAGUGCAAACAGGAUGGAAACUGUAAACUACCGAAAUGUUUCUGUUCUACAUUCAAUCAUCCUCUUUUGCAUGCAUCUGAAAUUCCUCAAAUAGUUUAUUUUGGUUUUGAUGAUGCUCUUACGCCAUUAGUUGAUCCGCUAUAUAAAAAACUGUUCCGGUCCAAUAGAACUAAUCCUAAUGGAUGUUCAAUUGGAAUGACCUUGUAUGUGUCUAACCAGUACACAUCGUAUGCAGAGGUCAGAGAGUUCUAUGGCAGAGGAAUGGAGAUUGCGUCUCAUAGUGUUCACCAUAAUCAUAUAAGGACAGAACAAACGUUGUAUGAAGAAGCAAGAUUACAAAAACUGAAUUUGGCCAGGCUUGGUGGAAUUCCUGAGUCUGAAAUAAUAGGUUGGAGAAGUCCCUUUCUGGAAACAGCUGGGGACUAUCAGCCAGACGUUUUACGAAAGUUGGGGUACGAAUAUGAUAUUUCACUUACCUACACCAGAAGACACAUGAAGGAUCAAAAUCCCUGGCCAUUCACGGCGGACUACGGAUGGCCAUACCAAUGCCAAAUGAAACCUUGCUUAUCUAAACCCCAUCCAGGAUUCUGGGAAUUUCCUGUAAACUCAAUGAUGGAUUUUAAGGACCAAUAUCCCUGCAAUUAUGUUGAUGGAUGCCUCAACAGGCCUACAAAUGAAACUGAAGCAUUCAAAUAUUUAAUUGACAAUUUUUACAAUGCUUAUAGAGGAAAUCGGGCACCAUUGGGAAUACAUAUGCAUGCAGCUUGGUUUGUAUCAAAGUAUAAUUUUAGAGCUAUGGACAGAUUCAUCACGGAAAUCUUAAGGCGAAGUGAUGUUUACAUUGUGCCUGUAAAAAAUGUCUUAGCAUGGAUGAAACAUCCAACUUCAUUGUCCGAUAUAAAACAUUUCAAACCCUGGCAAUGCAAAACAGUUCCUAUGCUAUCUCAAUCUACACCGAAAGUGAAGCACACAACAAAAACGCCUACUACAAGGGCUACAGCAAUAUCUAGCACAGCUGCAACAACAACGACGACAAGGACUACACCGUCAAUAACAACACAUUAUCCUACGACAACUACAACAACACCAUCUCCGACAACAGUUAAAACAACAACACCAUCUCCGACGACAACUGCAACACAACUAACAACUAAGAGUACUUCAAUUAAAUCACCAUUUUCUGUUCCGUUUUUAUCUAAGCAAUGGCAAUUUACCUCUAAAAAUAUCAAACCGGCUCAUCAAACAAAAUUUCCUGACUUCACCACUCAUAGACAAACAGAAAUACAUCGUCAACCAACAUACCAACAACCUGCAAGUUCAAGUGCAUCAUCCAAUAAUUUUAAUUGGUCUUGGAUGUGGAAUAGUUUUCUUAAUAAACAAAAACAGCAAGCAGUGCAAUCAAAAAACGGUGAACAAAAUAGUGCUGAAAAUUCCAAGGAAUCCUGUAUACAGGGAUUAAAUUGUAAACUGCCAGAUUGUUUUUGUCAGGGAGGUAAAACUCCAGGCGGGUUUGGCCAAGAAAACACGCCUCAAUUCGUGUACAUUUCAUUCGAUGGCGACAUAGAUUCUAGAGUAUUUUUUAGAUUCAAGAAAAUAUUUUCUGGAGAUAGAAAAAACCCAAAUAACUGUCCGAUAUCAAGUACAUUUUUUGUGUCUCAAGAGGGAUCAAGAGACUCGUAUGUUUCUUUCUUAAAUAAUAAGAGUCAAGAAAUAGCUAUGAGGGGAUCUUCGUCGUCCAUUGCAAACAUAGCCGAGUUUCACCGUCAGUUAGCACAACAAAAAGGUAGAAUGAAACGAAAUAGAGUGCAGGUUACCGGAUGGCGUAGUCCGGAAUUGAAACCCUUUGGAGACGGUCAGUACUCUGGACUUGUUAAGGAAGGAUUGCAAUAUGAUUCCACUUUAGUAUUGCGGGAAAAUGAAAAAGUUUGGCCUUUUACAUUAGAUUAUGGAUGGAAAGAUCAUUGCAUAAUACCAGAGUGUCCGAAAAAGAAAUAUCGCGGACUUUGGGAGGUUCCAAAUAUUCCUGUAAAAGAUUAUUUAAACAGAUAUCCUUGUAAUUACGUUGAUGGAUGUAUGUUCUCUCCAAAGACUGCUGAAGAAACUUUUCAAUUUCUCUGGAACAAUUUUUAUAAUUUUUAUAAUUCAAACAAAACUCCAUUCGGAGUUAACUUUCGCCAUAUUUGGUUUACUCAUUCAGCUUAUAGAAACAAUGCGCGAGGUUUUGAAAUGUUUUUAGACAAACUUGAGCAAAUGAAGGACGUUUAUAUUGUUUCUACUGCUAAAUUAAUUGAGUGGAUGAAAAACCCUCUACCGCUCUCAGAAAUGCAAUUCCGUUUCCGUUGUUGAUUUAAUGAAUCUCAUAUUGGUGAAAAAUUUGUAUUUUUAUUGUUUUAAAAUAAUUGUAUGUUUUAUAUACAUCAUUGAUU